CUGGGUCUCUGUUGCAGCUCGUGGGCUCUUUUUUGUGGCUUGUGGGCUCGUUUUUGCAGCACGUGGGCCUCUCUAGUUGUGGCAUGUGGGAUCUUAGUUCCCCGACCAGGGAUCAUACCUGGGCCCCCUGCAUUGGGAGCAUGGAGUCUUAACCACUGGACCACAAGGGAAGUCCCUAGGAAUUCUUGAUCUAAUGGGGGAAGCAGGUGUUUUCUUAGUAAUUCAAAUUCAAGGCCCACGGGAACAACAGUAAUUAACUGUUACCCUUUGUGGGGUGCUUUCAGGAUGCCAGACUGAACACUUUGUACGUGUGAUCUCAUGCCAGAUUUACAACAGCACCAUGGGACACUCAGUGGGUGCUGUCAUCUCCAUUUUACAGAUGAGGAAACUGAGGCUGUCAGUGCUGGUGAUAACAUAACGGGGAUUCCGCUCAGGCUGUUGCCCAAAGGGCUCUUCAUGGGCAGCCAGGUUGUAAAUGCAUAAUGUGCUUGAAUAGACUCAAAAUAUAAGCCCUUCCUAAUGUUGGACCAGUCAGAAGACUAAAGGACUCGACUGGUAACUAGUUACUCUGGCUGGUGAGCGUGCCAGGGAAGUGAAGACUCUUAGAGCCAGAAGGGCCUCAGUGGUUGUUUAGUUUCUCGGAUGCAGGGUUCAGAGAGGGCAAGAGACCCAGAUGUGUGGCCAGCCCACCAGGAGGGAGGCUGACCCUCCAGUUUUUUUGUCUUUCCGCAGAGGAGACUAACAGAGCCUUCAGGGGCACCCUCUCUGGAGUGCUCAGAGCGUGUCUGAGCAAAGGGCCCGCAGAAGGAUGGGGGUCCCAGAUUUGAAUCACAGUCUUUCUUGUGCACUAAGUUUUUUGUGGAGCAUGCUAGUCACAUUCCUUCCACAUUUGGAGCCCUAAUCUAACCCAUCUGGCCAAAACCCUCAAGUCUUACAGGAACGAAAGCAGGCCACGUGGUCUACAAAGGAUACAUUUUUUUCUGAUCUACAGAACUAUUAACACAAAAAGUUUAACCUAUAACUCUUGAAUCACAUUUAAUUGUACGCCUUAAUCCAAAAGAAUAGCUUUCACAAACCACUUUAUUUUUUAUUUUUAUUUUUUAAAAUUUAUUUUUAUUUAUUUAUUUUUGGCUGCAUUGGGUCUUUGUUGUCACACGCGGGCUUUCUCUAGUUGCAGUGAGCGGGGGCCACUCUUCGUUGUGGUGCGUGGGCUUCUCAUUGCGGUGGCUUCUCUUCUGUUGCAGAGCACGGUCUCUAGGUGCAUGGGCUUCAGUAGUUGUGGUGCGUGGGCUCAGUAGUUGUGGCUCGCAGGCUUAGUUGCUCUGCGGCAUGUGGGGUCUUCCCGGGCCGGGCUUGAACCCAUGUCCCCUGCGUGGGUAGGUGGAUUCUUAACUGCUGCGCUACCAGGGAAGCCCCGACACAAACCGUUGUAAUCCAAAAGAAUGAACUUGCACGAAAUUGGAAUUGUCCUGGCAAGUUCAGACCAUGUGAUCACUGUAUAUAUAACAACAUGAAGAUGCUUUAUUGGGUCACUGCAUGGUUCCUCUCUUAGCUUAAAGUUGCUAAAAAGAUGGAGAUAGACAGCCGCACUCUGCCGCUGAGCUCUGUAGCCUUGAAAAGUGCCAUCAACCCUUUGAACCCCGGUUUCCUCAUCUGUCAAUGGGGCUGAUCCUAAUUGGCCUUUCCAGGGUUCUUAUGCCCAGCACUCAGGGCCGUGGGUGCUGUCCUGAGUCAGCACAAACAUUUGCACAACUGCUAACAGUGAUGACAGAAUUCUGUUGCAAAAGAGGCCUAUGCAGUCAAGAGGCAUGUGGGAUCCUGUCCUGAAGGCCUGGACCAUCUACUAAGGAGCCAGGAAUAAUAGGAAGGCAAGGUCCCAAAUGCCGGCCAGCAUUCCUUGGUGUGCAAACAGGGCCAGAGUUCAGAGAACAGAGAAGUGAAUGUGGGUCGGAGUGGUUGGAGGACAUCUCAAGAAGAGACUUGAGUCUCUGUUGGGAUGAAAUAAAGUUGAGGACCGGAAGGCAGAAGAGUCUGGUCUUCAGUGAGCCCCACGAUAUCCCGUUAUGAUGUCACUGCCGAGGGAAUCCUGCUCAGGACCAAGGCCCGCUGCCCAUGUUGAAAUGUUGGUUGUUGAUCUGUGGGUAGUCUCACUCCUAUGUUGUGCACAUUAGAAUUUCCUGAGGGGCUUUUGAAAAACCAAAGUCUGCAAACUUUUCAUAAAGGACCAAAUAAUAAAUAUUUUCGUCAUUGUGACAGUAUGGUCUCUGUCACAGCUACUCAGCCCUGCCUUUUACUGCUCCAGCUCCCACAGACAAUAUGUAAUUGAAUGGGCCUGAGUGUAUUCCAGUCAUGAUUUACAGAUACUGAAUUUUGAAUUUCAUGUAAUUUGCACGUGUCACAAGGUAUGAUUCUUUUUCAACCAUUCAAAAAUGUAAAAACCUUUAUUAGUUUGUGGGAGGUACAGAAGCAGGUGGCAGACUGGAUUUGGCCCUUGAACCCUAGUUUGCUGACCCCUGGCCCAGCCAAAGUGGCCAUCUCUGGAGGCACUGAGCGGGCAGUUGGCCUGAGAAAUUUCCAAGCGUCCACUUACCUGGGGGUCCAAAGAUGAGUUCAAAACUAUCGACCUUUCCUGGGCUAUGCAAUGUCCUUUCUUGCUUACUUGCUGGGUGAUAAUAGUAAGGCCUUUACUUCCAUCAGGGCAUCAGCUCAGAGCAGUGACCAUCCCUGUUUUACGAAAGAAAUGGUAGGGUAAGGGAUUUAAGAGCUGGUUAAUGCCAGGGCCCUAGCCUGAUGGCCUCACACUGGGGCUUUUAUACUGGCUCCCGUGCAGAGAGGCACCUCAGCUGAAGCUCUUUCCUGCAGGCCAGGCCCAGUGGUGAACCCUGGACACAUGCUCUAGGUGGCAGAUCCUAUUAAUAUUAUAAAUAUUCACAUCCUGUCAGGGAGGCAAGGCACAGAAUAUUGAAGCAACUUUCCUAAGAUUACACAGGUCGUAAGUAGUAGAUUUUGGAUUCAAAGCCUGGGAGGAUGUUCUGGUCUACUGGGCUUUCUCACUUGUGGCACUGUUCACAUUUGGGUCCCUGUAAUUCUUUGUUGAGGGCUGUCCUGGGCUUUGCAGGAUAUCGAGUGGCAUCCGGGCUUUUCACCCACUAGAGGCCAGGAGUACACUCCACGCUGUGAUGACCAAAAAUGUCUGCAGACAGUGCUGUGCGUCCCCAAGGGAGCAAAGUUGCACCCAGUUGAGAACCCCGGAUUACCAUAUUGUCUCUCAAAUUGCAGUCCUGCCUGGUCUCGUGCCUGGGCAGCUGGUGGUGUUUGGCUGACAGCUCUGUUGUGUAGUUGACCGCACCUGAAGCCAUUUCCAAAGUCACCGUGGAAUAUUUCAGCCUCCACACUUGCCUUGGAACGAAUGCCAGCCAAAGGCCCAGCAUGUCCGGGCUCCACCUGGCGAGAAGAGGCCGAGAACAGAAGAAGCUGGACCUGCACAGAGACUUUACUGUGGCUUCCCCUGCCGAGUUCGUCGUGCGCUUUGGGGGGGAUCGGGUCAUCGAGAAGGUGCUCAUCGCCAACAAUGGUAUCGCCGCCGUGAAAUGUAUGCGCUCCAUCCGCAGGUGGGCCUAUGAGAUGUUCCGAAAUGAGCGGGCCAUCCGGUUUGUAGUCUUGGUAACCCCCGAGGACCUCAAAGCCAACGCAGAGUAUAUCAAGAUGGCAGAUCAGUACGUCCCCGUCCCGGGAGGGCCCAACAACAACAAUUAUGCCAAUGUGGAGCUGAUUGUGGACAUUGCCAAGAGGAUCCCCGUGCAGGCAGUGUGGGCUGGCUGGGGCCAUGCUUCUGAAAACCCCAAACUUCCGGAGCUCCUGCACAAGCACGAGAUUGCUUUCUUAGGCCCUCCCAGCGAGGCCAUGUGGGCAGUGGGAGACAAGAUCGCCUCCACCAUCGUGGCCCAGACGCUGCAGAUCCCAACGCUGCCCUGGAGCGGAAGCGGUCUGACGGUGGAGUGGGCAGAAGAUAGUCUGCAGCAGGGGCAAAGGAUCAGCGUCCCAGAGAACAUUUACAACGAUGGUUGCGUGAAAGAUGUCGAUGAGGGCUUGGAGGCAGCAGAAAAAAUUGGUUUUCCCUUGAUGAUCAAAGCUUCUGAAGGCGGUGGAGGGAAAGGCAUCCGGAAGGUGGAGACUGCUGAGGACUUCUCAAUACUUUUCAGACAAGUGCAGAGCGAGAUCCCCGGCUCCCCAGUCUUUCUCAUGAAGCUGGCCCAGCACGCCCAUCACCUGGAGGUCCAGCUCCUCGCUGACCAGUAUGGGAACGCCGUGUCCCUGUUUGGGCGUGACUGUUCCAUCCAGCGGAGGCAUCAGAAGAUCAUAGAGGAGGCGCCGGCCACCAUUGCCACGCCGGCCGUGUUCGAGAUCAUGGAGCAGUGUGCCGUGCGCCUGGCCAAGACCGUGGGCUACGUGAGCGCGGGGACCGUUGAAUACCUCUACAGCCAGGAUGGCAGCUUCCACUUCUUGGAGCUGAAUCCCCGCCUGCAGGUGGAACAUCCCUGCACGGAAAUGAUCGCCGAUGUCAACCUGCCGGCCGCCCAGCUACAGAUCGCCAUGGGCGUGCCUCUGCACCGACUGAAGGAUAUCCGGCUUCUGUAUGGAGAGUCCCCGUGGGGGGUGACGCCCAUUUCUUUUGAGACCCCUUCCAACCCUCCCAUCGCCCGAGGCCACGUCAUUGCGGCCAGAAUCACCAGCGAAAACCCAGAUGAGGGGUUUAAGCCGAGCUCUGGAACGGUCCAGGAGUUGAAUUUCCGCAGCAGCAAGAAUGUGUGGGGUUAUUUCAGCGUGGCUGCCGCUGGAGGCUUACAUGAAUUUGCCGAUUCCCAGUUUGGGCACUGCUUCUCCUGGGGAGAGAACCGGGAAGAGGCCAUUUCGUCAGUAUCUCCCUCCCUCCCUCCCUUCCUUUCCCCGCUCCCUUAUGAGAAACUAAAAAUUAGCCUGCUGCUUCAGAUGCAGCAGCACUUUAGGAGAUGAAGAGCAGACCGUAUUUUAAAUUCCCUAUGCUGAAGUCCAAGAACCCAGUCUGUCCUCUUCCUGUACUUGAGAUCCAUGACAUACAUGAAAUCAGUUCACCAAGGUCAUUGGUCUUGAGCUUAUUACAGGUCGAUCUUGAAGGAGAUCCAAAGAAUGGUCAAGGUGAUUCUAAAAGUUUAAAAGGUGCUGCGUACUAUAUCCUUUUUUAAAAAGGUGGUGCUGGUUGGGAUGGGGCUGGGGGUUCUUUUAAAUUUAAAUCUCAUAAGCGGUUCCUGGAGAAACCUACAUUGACAAAGAAGCUUACAAAUUCCAGAACAUCCACAUCUUUUUUUUUAUCGGUGAAGUAUAGUGGAUUUAUAAUGUCGUGUUAAUUACUGCUGUAUAGCAAAGUGAUUCAGUUAUACCUAUACAUACAUUCUUUUUUUUAAUAUUCUUUUCCAUUAUGGUUUAUCAUAGGACAUUGAAUAUAGUUCUCUGUGCUAUACACUAGGACCUUGAUGUUUAUCUAUUCUAUAUUUAAAAGCUUACAUCUGCUAAUCCCAACCUCCCACUCCAUCCUCCCCCUACUUCCUCCCCCUUGGGAACCACCAGUUUGUUCUCUAUAUCUGUGAUCCUGUUUCUGUUUCAUAGAUAGGUUCAUUUGUGUCAUAUUUUGGGUUCCACAUAUAACUGAUACCGUAUGGUAUUUGUCUUUCUCUUUCUGAUUUACUUCACUUAGUAUGAUCAUCUCUAGUUGCAUGCAUGUUGCUGCAGAUGGCAUUGUUUCAUUCUUUUUUAUGGCUGAGUAGUGUUCCAUUGUGUAUAUUUACCUCAUCUUCUUUAUCCAUUCAUCCAUCAAUGGACAUUUAGGUUGCUUUCAUGUCUUGGCUACUGUGAAUAGUGCUGCUACGAACAUAGUGGUGCAUGUAUCUUUUUUUUUUUUUUUUGGCGGUACACGGGCCUCUCCCCCUGCGGAGCGCAGGCUCCGGACGCGCAGGCCCAGCGGCCGUGGCUCACGGGCCCAGCCGCUCCGCGGCAUGCGGGAUCCUCCCGGACCGGGGCACGAACCCGCGUCCCCCGCAUCGGCAGGCGGACGCCCAACCACUGCGCCGCCAGGGAAGCCCCACGUAUCUUUUUAAAUUAGAGUUUUGUCCAGAUAUAUGCCCGGGAGUGGGAUUGCUAGAUCGUAUGGUAAUUUUAUUUUUAGUUUUCUGAGGAACCUCCAUACUGUUUUCCACGGUGGCUGCACCAACUUACAUUCCCACCAACAGUGUAGGAGGGUUUCCCUUUUCUCCACACCCUCUCUAGCAUUUGUUAUUUGUAGACUUUGUAAUGAUGGCCAUUCUGACCCGUGUGAGGUGGUACCUCACUGUAGUUUUGAUUUGCAUUUCCCUAAAAAUUAGCAAUCAAAACCCCCGCAUCUUAACAUUUCUCCUGCCUUGACCUGGGAACAAAAAGGUAAACACCAGUUCAGUUCGUAAAAUUAAACAUUCUUGUGGAGGUGUCUUUUAGCGUGAAAGACAUUUCAUUUGAAAAGCAUUUAAAUCUGUCUGGCCUGGGGCGCUUAGCCAUGAAUUAAAUGGAGUUUGCUGCUUUUGAGGGAGAGAGUUUCUUUGCCAGCUUUGAAUAAUUCAUCUUAAUCAGUGAAAAAUUGAGACGCUUGGAGCAAAUAAGGAUUAAUAAAAGGUGGGAUGGUGGUCAGCCAGCCCAGCUGUCUCUGAGUGAAGUGACCUGUGGCUUGUCCCACACUGUGAGUGGCCAGUGAUCACUUCAGCAGAAUAGGAAGGAAAAAUUCCAGCUCUUAUUGCUGUCAGUGUCCAAAAGGGGGAUCAACUGUCCCUGUUUUCCCAGGACUGUUUCCCGGGAUGUGGGAUUUCUCAGUGCUAAAACUGGGAAAGUCCUGAGCCAACCGGGACAAGUUGGUCACCUUUGAAUCCAGUGGCUCAGCCUGUAGAUGCAGGUUCGGGUCCCACACCCAACUUGCAGUAGCCUAUUUGACCCCCUCAUUUAACCUCACUGCUUCUUCAUUUUCUCACCCUCCCGCUGGGGUCUCGUGGCCCCUUUGUCACGCCUGCUGACAGCACACAGGAGCGUCGUAACUGGUGUGAAAGCUCUCCUCUCCCAGGAAGGGUUCUUACGCCCCCUCUUCCUCUGGUGCCUUUCGCCAAAACAUUCUCCCUAUGAUUUCAUGGAGAGUGGAGGUUUCUGCCCUUUGGACUGGACACCCUGUUUGCGGGCAGGCAGCCCCUCUGGGAAACGGGAGGUGGUUACAGCCAAGCACGUGUGGGCUGGUGACCGCCAUGCCCAGAGGGGGGCACCGGUGUUAGCCAGCCACCUACUCGUGCACCCCAGGCACACCGGACAGCUGUGUGGACAGGUGAAGAGCGGCUCGUUCU